CGUAUACCAAAUACGAGACGUCAUCAAAAAGGAUUGUGUACAACUGAGGGUUGUACGUUGUAUUCUUUUGCAAGACGAAAUCAUUAUAUCGUUUCCAACUUCCCCAUCCCAAAAAUCAAACCAUUCCCUUUAUCAGUCUUUCUUCUUCUUCUUCUUAUUAUUAAUAAAGUUCAGAUAGACAGAUGAAGGGAGGAGAGACAAAGUUCUUACAAGAACUGGUUUUAUACGCAGCAAGUGCGGCGCUGAGUGCGCUUGUUCUGUUUGCUGGUCUCAAACAUCUGGAUCCUAAUCGAGAAUCUUCUAAGAAAGCCCUGGAACAUAAGAAAGAAAUUUCUAAACGUCUAGGUCGUGCUCUUAUUAACACCAAUCCUUAUGAGGAUGUCAUUGCAUGCAGUGUGAUAAAUCCUGAUCACAUUGAUGUGGAAUUCAAUUCUAUUGGAGGGUUGGAAUCCAUCAAGCAAUCGCUAUAUGAAUUGGUCAUAUUACCUUUACGUAGGCCCGACCUCUUUUCUUACGGGAAGCUCCUUGGUCCUCAAAAAGGUGUUUUGCUAUACGGUCCACCUGGUACAGGGAAGACAAUGCUUGCAAAAGCUAUUGCGAAAGAGUCAGGGGCGGUUUUCAUCAAUGUGAGAAUAUCUGAUUUGAUGAGCAAAUGGUUUGGAGAUGCACAAAAACUCGUGGCCGCUGUUUUUAGUUUGGCACACAAACUCCAGCCUGCCAUCAUAUUCAUUGAUGAGGUCGAUAGUUUUCUCGGUCAGCGCCGAACUACAGACCAUGAAGCAUUAACCAAUAUGAAGACUGAGUUUAUGGCUCUAUGGGAUGGUUUUACCACAGACCAGAAUGCUCGAGUGAUGGUACUUGCUGCAACUAAUCGUCCUUCAGAGCUCGAUGAAGCAAUUCUCCGACGUCUUCCACAGGCAUUCGAGAUCGGCAUACCUGACCGUAGAGAAAGGGCUGCAAUUUUGAAGGUAAUUUUGAAGGGCGAGAGAGUAGAGGACAAUAUUGACCUUGACCCUAUAGCUGCAAUGUGUGAAGGCUAUACUGGUUCAGAUCUUCUAGAGCUUUGCAAGCAAGCAGCCUAUUUUCCUAUCAGGGAUCUACUGGAAAAUGAAAAGAAGGGGAUUUCAUCAGAUGGGCCAAGACCAUUAUCACAAGCUGAUCUGGAGAAAGUGGUUGUUACAUCCAAAAAGACAAGGGUUGCUGCAAGUGAAUACAGUGGGUUGGGCUCACAAUCAGAGUUAUGGUCAGUGCCAAGGGAAAGUGAUCACGUGCAAGCUGCCAUCAGCGAGCUUUCCAAGAUUGUCGUCUCUCAGAUUCUAAACAUUAAAUCAGAUAGCCAAGAUCGUGAAGAUAAUUGAUAGGUCAGAGAACCAAGAUUUUCUCUCCCAGUUUUGAACAGUCAUUAUCUACGUGAUAUGAUGAUGUACAACAUGCCUUUGAUAAAUAGUUUGGCUACAAAACUUUUAGAUCCCAAAUAUCAUUUGCCUUGAAUUCUGUAUCUAACCAAUAACUAUCCUGUAUGGGAUCACGAUAUUUAUAAGAUUUGGUUAAGAUAUAUAUGUUCACACAUGUUCAGUUGUUUAAUAA